CUAAUAAUCUAGAAGGCCCGUUACUCUUUAUUACACAGAUUCAUGACAAACUGAGGCCCAAUAAGCUCCAGCGGCAAUUCAUUACAGAGGAAAUUGGCUGACGUUUGUGAUAGGAAGGAAAGAGAAGAAAAUGGUUCGUUUUGGUACAAAAUUGCAACAAAAUCUGCCAAAUUUGGCGGGUGUUCAUCACAUUUUACCAGUAUUAACUACCUCAAUUUCAUCAUCUAUUCGAACUCGUUCAUUUCCUGUUCAUCAACUUGCUAGAGCAAUCAAACAGAAGACCCAUUGGUAUAAAUUACGUAGGAGGGCUGUUGUGGGAUUAGGAGUUUCAUUUUGGUCACAGUUCAUGAGUAUGGCCGGAUAUCUUGGUAGCAAUUCUUUCUUAGCUUCUGCCAGGCAAAAGGGUGUCAUUGAGGAGGUAUUGAAAAAUGUGGAUUGGCCGGAGCAAUUUCCCUUCAAGGAAGAGGACUUCCAGCGGUUUGAUGAGUCAGCAGACUCCUAUUUCUAUGAAGCUCCACGCUUUGUAACCCAUAUAGAUGACCCGGCUAUUGCUGCACUUACAAAAUAUUACUCUGAAGUUUUGCCUCCUAGUGAUACUCCUGGAGUAGCUAUUCUUGACAUGUGCAGUAGCUGGGUCAGCCAUUACCCAAAAGGGUAUAAACAAGAACGAAUUGUUGGUAUGGGUAUGAAUGAGGAAGAACUGAAACGGAAUCCUGUUCUGACAGAAUAUAUUGUGCAAGACUUGAAUGUCAACCCGAAACUCCCAUUUGAAGACAACACCUUUAACGUCAUCACAAAUGUCGUCAGUGUUGACUAUCUUACAAAGCCUAUUGAGAUUUUUAAGGAGAUGAGGCGCAUUCUUAAACCAGGUGGACUCGCUAUAAUGAGUUUCUCCAAUCGAUGUUUCUUUACCAAAGCCAUCUCAAUAUGGACAUCAACUGGAGAUGCGGAUCACGUGAUGAUUGUUGGAUCCUACUUCCACUAUGCUGGAGGGUUUGAACCGCCUCAGGCUGUUGAUAUAUCUCCAAACCCUGGACGUUCAGACCCUAUGUAUGUUGUGUAUUCAAGAAAGCUAGCUACAGCAUAAAUGAAAGCUCAGUGAUCCUGGUCCCCGGAUAGCAGAAAAGAGGUUGCUUCAUUUAGCUCAUUUCUCCUUUUUGAUUAAGCCAUUAGUUAGUUGCCCCAUAAGAGUAUCCGGCAAAUUUUAUACCAACCAAGAUUUUUCUUCUGCAUGUGGAGGGAAUAUGUAAUGAUAUCGCCUAAUAACUUCUACCAAACAAAUACUGGUUUGAACAGAGUGGUCGCCGUUCCUUUCCAGGGUCUCACUCCGAGGUAAGGGCUUGUGAUGAAUAAAUAAUUUCCCCUCAAAUUAGGGGAGUCGAUGGUUCCAAAGAAGUUUGCCGUCGUUCAUUAAUUUUGAGGAGUUGAUUGGCAGA